GACCAACCAAAUUCACCAGCAACUCUACUGUUGUAACUACUUGAAAUCUUCCUGAUACGCUGCGCGACGGUUACACUUUACUUGUCUUUUUGUCUGAGUUCAUAAUUUUCUUCUACCCCUCUGAUCUCAAUGAGUUACUACCCCAGCGAGCCUCCAACAACUUUACCUGACACGCCCAAGCCCAUUAAACAACUCCAGGAGAUAUAUCAACGGUUUAUCGAUACUGUUACCCCGUACCCUAUUCCUCGAUGGACAUUCACCGGUUGCAUGUUCUUUCUAUAUUGUACCAGAGUGUUCGUUAUCCAGGGCUAUCACGUCAUCAGUUAUAUAUUAGGCAUUUAUCUUCUCAAUCGGCUACUUGGCUUUAUUUCGCCAAAAAUUGAUCCAGAAACCGACCCUAAUGGAGACAUACUUCCGACCAAAUCCUCCGAGGAGUUCAGGCCCUUUAUGCGUCGGCUUCCGGAGUUGAAGUUUUGGAGCUCUUGUACUGCUGCAAUAGUAGCCUCUGUACUAUGUACUGGCUUCCCUUUCCUGGACAUACCUGUAUUUUGGCCCAUAUUGGUCAUGUACUUCUUCGCUUUAUUUUAUCUCACAAUGAAACGUCAAAUACUGCACAUGAUCAAAUACCGCUACGUGCCAUUCACCUAUGGCAAGCCCCGGCACCGAUCGAGCGCUUCUGGUGCUAAUCGAAAACUUUAA